UCUAAAAUUAUCGUCACAUAACCCAUCACAUUUUGUGGCUUUAAUUCAAGUUGAUUACGAGACGGCGCGCGCCGACAAGUUCGCCCGAGGGAAAAAGUGAUUUUAAAAGGCCAGUUUGAGAAACAGAACCGGAUCAUUACAGUAAAUGGAAGGGAAAGGUAGCUAAGCCUUUAGAGUUCAGGUUGGACAGAGGUUACUGUUUACAGUUUGUUGUUUGAAGUUGGGGCCAGGAUGUCACGAUUUUUCGUCGGCAGGAAAACGAUAUUUGCCUUUGUUGUUGUAUUAGUGAUGAGAUAUGUUAUGCAUGUAAACAUAACUGUACGUGGUCGAAAAGACCUUUCCUCACAAUACUUUGAUAUUGGGAUUCCACCACAAAUGAAUUUCAAGGAUGAAAGCGAAACAGAGACUACAAAUCGUCAACAAGACUUCAAACAUUUAAACGUAAAGGUCGCAGAAAAUGAUUUAGAGAUAGAAGCACCUGGAACAAAAUGCGCGGAUAAAAAAAUAAAAUGGAAUGAUGGGACAAUUCCGAAAUAUGUUAUGAAUCCGGAUCUGUUUCUCAUCCCUACACUACAGAAUGGACCUAAUAAUCAAAUCAUUGGACUGCAACAAAGUAUUUUGGUUGCAUUGCUACUAAACAGGACUCUUGUUCUACCACACUUUUACGAGCACGCAAUGUUGGGUGUAACGUUCCGAAAUAUCGUUCAACCAAAGUACAGAAUAAAUGUUCAAAAACUACGGCAAUUUAUAUCUGUUAUACCACUCAAAAAAGCUGUCAAAUUGUGCAAUUCAAAAUUCGAUGCUGUUUUUACCACAAAAGGAACAAAAGUCAUGCUGGCAGCCGCUCAAAAGUUAGUUCUCAUUGAAAUGGAAACCGGAUUAUCAGCAGCAAACUAUGUGAACGGUGUAAAUAAGCACGCCCUAGAUGAGCUUGAGCGUUAUGUCAGAAGGAACAAACAAACAACAGACGUGGAUCUACUUUCGCAACGUUGGUGGCCACAUAGCCCGUCUGAUUCUCAAUGGAUGUACAGGAUACUAAAUCCAGAUCACCCGGUAUCAGUUCCUCUGUAUCCAAACUUCAGUCCAGCAGAUAAACAAGUUGAACUGGAGGACGUACCGACAGCUUACAAAACUAAUGAUAAAUGUGCUUUAUAUUGGUUCCCGUUCAGAGAAUUUCACAUCGAUUUUCCAUAUCAAGAUGCAUUAACAACAACGAAAGUAAAAGAUUUAAAAAAUAUUAACCAACAGAAAGCAUCAAUAAUACACGGAGACAUUCUCAAAUAUUUACAACCACCCGAGCCAGUACAAGUAUGGGCAGAUGAAUUUCGUAAACAAGCACUUCCACGGGAUUAUAUUGCUCUUCAUUGGAGAUUUGACGAAGAGGAUUUCUUCGACUAUUUGUGUAAAGAAGGAUUAGGACGAAACGAAUUUUGCGAAGGCGUGAGGCGAGCUCACAAUGCAUCAGCCAUUGCGACAUCAAUACUGAGACGAACUUAUGAUAUAAAGAAAGAAGUUGGGAAAACCACAACUUCGUUAUAUUUUGCAACACCCCCAACAAUAAAAACAUUGGUGGAUGAUAUAAAAACAAUAUUAAAUAACAAUAAUCUUGUUCGUAACAUUUUACAAAAUUUGGAAAUUUUUGAGGAAGUUCAACCACCCAUUGUGAUAUCAGUUAAAGAUUUGAAAAGCUUUCUUCAGCAAAGGCACAGUGGAUGUGACAUGACGGAUCCGCGACAACUUCCUGAUACAAUCUCCCAAAUUGAAAUGAAGCUGUGCGAAGAGAGUUCUUCAUUUUUAUGGUCUCGUCAAAGUACUUGGUCUAAGAAUGUCCUCGUGCAGAGAUAUCUUUCGAAAGGAAGAACAAUCAAAGAGCAAGAUUUUUCUGUUUCUGAUUAUACCUUAAAAAUUAUGGAUGGAAAAUUGAAAAAGAGAAAAAAGUUCAAAUUUAUUUAAAGAAGUGAUUUGAUUUCAUUUUACUCUAUAAAAUUUCUUAAAACGCAUUGUGAGUAUCAAUAAGACACUGUAACAAUAAAAAGCAAAACAUUAACUGAUAUAAUACAAUAGUUGUGAUUUUUUUCUUCAUAUACUUUUGCUAUGAAUUAUGCCAUAGUCAAGCAUGGAGUUGAUAUUAAGAAUGGUUGACGCGAAGGGGUGGUUCUGUCAUAAACCCUGGUAUAAUUUUUUUCACGAAAAUUCGUAACGACUUUUUUUAAUCAUGUUUAAUAAGAGGCCUAUACUAUAAUAGUUUAUCGUUGUAUGCAAAUGAUCAGUCUGAAAUCUUUCUUAUCAGAUAAAAAUAGCUGGAGAAAACUGACUGUAACUGUUUCACGAUGCCUUUUAACUCUUCUGUAAUUUGUUAUGUUAGUCAUUUUAACUUUUAUUACUUUCCGUGCAAUAAUUUUCUUAUUCAUCGUCUUAUUUCUGUGCUUAUGUGUCAUUUAUAUUGUUUGUUUUAUAUAUUAAGUUACACGCAAUAAAAAAAAAAGAAUUUCAGCA